CUGAAAGUCAUGCCUCGUUCUAUAUUUCAUCAAAAACAGAAAAAAACUCGUUUUCUGUUUGAAUAUAUCUAUUAUUACCAGCUCAAUUAUCCCAACUAUUCCAAUUGUUCCACUUUCUCCAAUUUUCUUAUUGGAUUUUCUUAAUUCCACCUUUUAUUCCACCCCAAAACUUAAAUCUGCGACCCCCACCGCUGGCCUCGAAAACACAAAAAAAAUCGAGUGAAAAAAAUUAUAAGUGAAAAUUUCACUAUCACCAUCAUGCUGAUAUCAUUAAAGGCUUCUUUAAUAUAGGCUCCCAUUUUCAAAUCACACACCAAUAUCAACAAGAUUAUCAUGAUCAGAGCAUCAAUAAGUUGUCCUAGAAACCCUAUACCAAGAGUCUUUUCUCUCGGAAACUUUUCAAAGAUUUAUAAUCUCCACUUGUUCAGCACCAAAAGUAUAUGCCAUCAGCAAUCAGAAUUAGAAUCAGAAUUUCAAGAUCCGAAAAACACAAACCCCAAAGAUUCCAAUUAUCGCCAAAAUAACCCAGAAAUUGAUAUUCUUAAUGAUCAUGCUAUUGAAUCUCGCCAAUUAACCUCUCACAAAAAUUAUACUGCCUAUAAACACUCAAAUACUCGUGAAAAUGCUCGCCUCAAACCUACUUUAAAAUCUUUUAAAUAUACUAAAGACUCUAAAAGUGAUCAAGAUUUUGAUAAACGUGAUGAAAUAUUUAAUAGAAGCGAUAGAAGUGAUAGAAGUGAUAGAAGAUUUGAUAGAACUAAUAAUUUUGAGAGAAAUAGGAGUUUUGACAGAAGUGAUAGAAAUGACAGAAAUAAUAGAAAAUUUGAUAGAAAAUUUGAUAGAAAAUUUGAUAGAAAAUUUGAUAGAAAAUUUGAUAGAAAAUUUGAUAGAAAAUUUGAUAGGAGUGAUAGGAGUGAUAGGAGUGAUAGGAGUGAUAGGAGUGAUAGGAGUGAUAGGAGUAAUAGAAAUGACAGGAAAUUUGAUAGAAAUGAUAGAAAAUUUGACAGAACAAAUAAAGGUUUCGAUAAAUACAACAAUGAGUUUGAUUUCAAUACUACAGAUUCAAAAAAAUAUGAAAAAAAUUUUGAAUCCAGAAGCAAAACUAGUAAAAAAUUUUCCUCUGAUGAAAAAAUAUCACAAACAUAUCAAAAAGAUGCAACUUUGAAAAAUGACCAACUAUCCUCUUUAGGAAAUAAAAUCAAAAUUAGCAAUUCAAAAAUCAAAGAAAACUAUUUUGAUUCAUUAACUUAUCGAAUUGGCGAUAAAAAUAAACUCUAUAAUAAUAAUCCAAAAAAAUCUGAAUUUUCAAAUCUAGAAACAGUAUUAAGAAAGUUCAAUCCAUUAUUCACUAAUAGUUUCAAAUUUUAUGAAAUAGAUAAUUUACUAUUAAACUUGAUGAACAAAAAUUUUCCCAAUGUUGCUGCUCCAACUUUAUCUCAACGAAGAAUAUUAUCGGUUUUGAAAUAUAAGAAAAGCUAUGGGAAAGCUCUAUCAUUAUUCAGAAAUGAACAAGGAAAUGGAAAUUCUUUUAUAUUAUUACUCAAUGCUUUGAAUGAUCACAUAAGAAUAUAUAAAAAGAAUCCUUCCUCUAAAGUUUUCUCGACAAUAAUUAUCGCUAAUUCAACAGCAUCUGUAAUAAAUUAUCAAAAUGAAUUUAAUAAAUUGAUGAAUAAUAAAGUGAUUAUCGAAAAAAGUGAUGAUAAACUGGAUAACAAUGAAAUUAACAAAGAAAUUAUCAAAGAGAAUAAUAAUGAAAACAACAAAGAAAUUAUCAACGAAAAAAAUGAAAAUAAUAAUGAAAAUAAUAAUGAAAAUAAUAAUGAAAAUAAUAAUGAAAAUAAUAAUGAAAAUAAUAAUGAAAAUAAGGAUAAUAAUACUGAACAUGAUAAAAAUAAGGAAAAAAAUAAAAAUAAUAUAGAAAAUUCACUAGACAAUAAUGACAAUGCUAUACUAAACGAAAUCAUUAAAAAUAAUCAUGUUCAAUUUAUAUAUAGAUCAACUUUAGAAGAAGAAUCUGCACAAAAAGAGCGUUUCACCAAAAAUUGUCCAUCCAUUUUAAUAACAACACCAACGAGAUUGUUGGACAUAUUUUCCAGCUUUAACGAAAAUCCUUCAGAGUUAUUCAAGACUUUUCCUAUUGGGGAAUUGGAAAAUAUAUUCAUUGAUGACGCUGAUAUUCAAUUAAUCAAUCACCAGAAAACAGUAACAAAUACUGGAAAAAACAAAAGAGCCAAGUCUAAUAAAAACAAACUUGAGCCUUGUUUAGUACUAUUGAAUUUCUUUCUAUCUAAUAAUUUGAAUAUUGUAAAUAAACUUAAGCAUGUUGUAUUUAUAAAUUCAGUUGACUAUACAGAUGCAUUAUACUCUUUAGUUGAAGGCAUUAAAAAAAAGAAUAAUAAAAAGGAGAAAAUAAUGUGUUCCAACAACUUUUUUGAGAGUAUCGUUAUUGGGAAACCCUUAUAUUCAGAUUUUGAGCAGAGUUUAGUUAAAAAAUUGAAUGAUUUAAUCAGAUUCAAAGCAAUGAGUAUAGAUAAUAAUGACUCCAGUAAGGAGUUUGAAAACCUAAAUAUCCCUGUCAUUCCUAAAAAUGAAGAAUUGUAUAAUGAGUUAAACAUGGAAGAAUCAACACAUUUUGAAAAUUUUUAUUUAAAGAGAAGAAUAACACUUUCUCAAAAGACUACAAAUGCUUUAACUCAUAAUUAUAUAUAUCAUGGGUUUGAGAAGUUUUUCAAUAAUAAAGUCAAUAAAGGUUUGAAAUUCUUAGUUUUAAUACCCAGUGGAUGUUCGAUAUAUCUGGUUAAGGAAAAAUUUGAAAAUUUUUGUUUAGAUAAAAAAAUAAGCGUUAUUUCUGGAAGGGAAGAUUUUGAUAAUAUAGAAAAGGCAGAUAUAUUUUUAAGCAAAUCAUCAGUUAUAAAUUCUUUAAAGUUUUCUUCAAGAAUUUUUGAUAAAGUGAUAUUUUUUGGUAUUGAUACAAUAACAGAUUUAAAUAACAUUGUGAUAAUGGGAUCAAAGUUAAUUAGAAAUAAAAAUGGAUUAUCUGUAAAUGAUAACGAUGAAAAAAUUGAUGAUGUAUACAUUCAAUCUCUAAAAAAAAUUGAUAAUGAAUUUGAACACCAAAAGCAGAAGAUAUUAAAAGAAAAUAAACAAGAAAUGAAAGAAAUAGCGCAGAUAACGACAGAGAUUCAAGAGAUUGAAGAAGAAUUGAAAAACUACUUGAAUAUAGAUCCUGAUGUGGAAAUGAGUAUUACCAAAUAUAAGAAAUUGAUUGAAAAUAAGCACAUUCUAGUGACAGAAUCCAAAACAAUAACCAAAGAAAACAACAGGAUAAUUUCAUUUUCGUUGACAUCAAUUAAUGAUAAAAUGGAGAACGAAAUGAAAACUCAAAGCAGGCUGAUAAAGACACUCAAAAAGUUGAUAAAAAUGGGGCAGCUUAAGAAGGAAAAAGAAAAGAAGAAGGAUGAGUUGGAAAGCAAAUUGGAAGAACUUGAAGAAAUAAGAAAGCAGAAGAUAGCAGCUGCUACAUUAAAGAAACAAGAAAGGGUAGAAAAAGAAAAGGAGCUAAAAGCAAUUGAGAAUAGUAAAAUCCCAAACCAGAAAGUGAAAAAGGUACGUGAGACCAAAAAACCCAAGGAGAUGAUACUUAUGGUUCCUAAAUCUGAAAGCAGCGAGUUUGACAUAAUGUAUGUCUACAGGACUGUCAUCAAACUAGGUCUAUCUGGGCUUGACUAGACCCUUGAAGAGGCCCCAUUGGAUGUAAAUAGGUUUCUGCUACUAUCAUAAAUAGCUAGAAGGCAGAAUAGAAAGCAGAAUAGAACUGGACAUAGAAAGGGUUUCUUCUCACACCCUCGUAAAGUGAAAAUGCACACCCAAAGCAGGAUACACACCUCUUGUAGCUGUACGGCAUUCUGUUUAUAGAGGUGUUUCCCCCUUUGGGGCGAGCAUUGUCCUGAUAGUGAGGGUGUGUCUAAGAUGUUUCCAUUCUUCGGUUUUGUUU